UGGGAGCGCCAAAUCAUUUCCUGGACCUGUGUUUGUCUGUUUUCUCUCAAGUGGAACUUGCAGCGGUUAUGGCUGACGCCAACACUGCACAGUUGCUUCCUUCAGGAGUCUAGUUGAUGUGUUGUGUGAUUGAGUGUUGGUUGUGGUUGGAAGUAUCUGUGAUGUCAAAGGUGGCAACCAGAGCCCCCACUGGACAGACCCAUGAUGAUGCAGUAUAUAUAUUGAAGUGCCUCUGCCUGCAUACAUACCCACACAAACACUUGACACCCUCAAAUAAUUGGCACUCCUACUGUCACCUCCUGAAUCUCCCCCAAGAGAGAGCACGCAUAUAUCAGCAAUGGCAAUGAUCAGCGCCACCACCGUCGUCUUGGCCACCAGACCGUCGCCGGCUGCAGGGCUUCCUCAGUUGAGAGUGGCCAGGGCCGUGAGGCUGAGGUGCAGCUACUCCAAGGACAGCAAGAGGGCAUCUUUGGCUCUGGCUCCGGUGAUACUCAAGGGCGCGCCGCUGCUCGCUGCGGCGAGCGCCAUGUCGGCCGCAACGCUGGCGGAGGUGGACGAGCGGAUGUCGGCUGAGCGUACCCGGCUGAGCAACGACCUACUGGGGUGGAUCCUGCUGGUUGCCGUCGGCCUCGUCCUGUCCUUCUACACCGUCUACUCCUCCAUGCCCAUCCUCGACGAUGAUGAUGACCAAUCCAGCGCUGGCGGCAUCACUCUCUGAGCUCUACCACCACCAUCUUCUUCUCCUGCCUUCCUGAUAUGUGAAAGCCUCAAAAACUAUCACUCGGGUGAAUGCUGAGUUACUGAUUAUGUUACGACACUGUUAAAUCGUUGUGUGUCUGGCUUUGUAAUGCAGAUCUCUGAUUAAUCUAAGUUGUGUUAAAUCUCAUCACUUCAUCAGGCUGUUUAGGGAGCUUAUAAACAUCCCUUGAAUCACUCCAUGAUUUGUACAGUGCUAU